GGACUCAGGUGGCUUAAAAGAUAUUGAGGUGAUUGAGAGGAGGACUCAAUAGGAAGCACUCGUCUAUAAUCUAUUGUUGAUGGGUCUGAGGGACAUUUGGGAAAAAAAAAUUGGCUUGGCCCCGGUGCAUCGUAUCAGAGACCCUUAUGUGAAUUGCCUGCCUCUUCUUCACACCAGUACCAUCCCAUCUUUUCCUUCCUGCGGUGGUGAGUUGUAACGAGUAUGUUCUCCUCCUUAUAAGACAAGGGAGCUCUAUAUAACCUCCUCCCCUCCAUGUGUUGUCAUACAGAAGAUAAAAAAAAAAGCUCUGCACAAAAGGAACAGUGUUGAGAGAUAUGGCAGCACUUGUAUUGUGUUGUGCCUAAUGCAGCUGGGGAUCUUUAUGGCAAGAUAAUUUUUUUUUCUUAGGGGGGGCAAUUUUAUUGUUUAUUUAAAUUUUUUUUUUUUUGCUGUCGUCAGCAGUUAUCCCACCGUGGGGAAGAAUUCUGCUCCAAUUCUAAUUAUGCGUCUUACCAUGUGCUCUUUUGGUUGAGCCCUUUUUUUUUUUUGCUUCUCUCUCUUCCACUGCAUCGUUGAGAGCAUUCUCCCCUUUAACUGGGAUCACAUAGGCACAUCCAGCUGGUGGCUUGGGAUACAGGCUGCUCUGCUUCAGCUGCCUCUUUCUCUCUCACUCAUGCAUGACAAUGCCUGUUAAAGGUGCUGGAAGGUAAAGUCAUGACAAUUCUGAAUCUCUGUUCCUUCUCCUGCUCCUCCGUCCUGCUCUUGGCAGCUUGGCUUGUCGUCCUCCAUCCCUUAGAACGCUGACAGGGAGUCGGAACCGAAGGCACGUUAAGGAUAUAAUCUAUUUCGAGGGAACCUUUAUGGGAUAUUUAGCCUCAUCAUGGCUCACGCUGCGUCCCAGCUAAAAAAGAAUCGGGAUCUGGACAUUAAUGCAGAAGAAGAGGCCAAAGAAAAAAGAAAGCACCGAAAACGAUCAAAAGAUAGAAAGAAGAAGACUGACACAAACGCAAGUUACUUAAGAGCUGCCAGAUCCGGCAACCUAGAAAAAGCCCUUGACUAUUUAAAAAAUGGUGUGGACAUCAAUAUCUGCAACCAGAAUGGGCUGAACGCUCUUCAUUUGACUUCUAAAGAAGGCCAUGUAGAAAUUGUUUCGGAACUUAUACAGAGAGGGGCUGAUGUGGAUGCGUCAACAAAGAAAGGAAACACCGCCCUCCACAUAGCGUCCUUGGCCGGACAAACAGAAGUAGUACGAGUGCUGGUUACCAACGGUGCUAACGUCAACGCUCAAUCUCAGAAUGGCUUCACCCCACUCUACAUGGCAGCACAAGAGAACCACCAGGAAGUUGUCAAGUUCUUGCUUGAUAAUGGGGCAAGUCAGAGCCUUGCUACGGAGGAUGGCUUCACUCCCUUGGCUGUUGCCCUCCAGCAAGGCCACGAUCAGGUGGUUUCUCUGCUUCUUGAAAAUGACACGAAGGGGAAAGUGAGACUGCCGGCUCUUCACAUUGCGGCACGGAAAGACGACACAAAGGCUGCGGCUCUUCUCCUGCAGAACGAUCACAAUGCUGACGUGGAGUCCAAGAGCGGCUUUACUCCACUCCACAUCGCGGCUCACUAUGGAAACAUAAACGUGGCUACUCUGCUGCUUAACCGCGGUGCCGCUGUGGAUUUCACUGCAAGGAAUGACAUCACUCCUUUACACGUGGCUUCCAAAAGAGGCAAUGCCAAUAUGGUCAAGCUUCUCCUGGAUCGAGGAUCUAAAAUUGAGGCCAGAACAAGGGAUGGGCUGACACCUCUUCACUGCGGAGCAAGGAGCGGCCACGAGCAGGUGGUGGGGAUGCUGCUGGAUAGAGGCGCGCCAAUCAUGCCCAAGACAAAGAAUGGGCUCUCCCCAUUACACAUGGCGACCCAAGGAGAUCAUCUGAACUGUGUCCAACACUUGCUCCAGCACAACGUGCCCGUCGAUGACGUCACCAACGACUACCUGACUGCACUGCACGUGGCUGCCCAUUGUGGCCACUACAAGGUGGCCAAGGUCCUGCUGGAUAAGAAGGCCAAUCCUAACGCCAAAGCAUUGAAUGGUUUCACGCCGCUUCACAUUGCUUGCAAGAAGAACCGGCUUAAAGUCAUGGAGCUGCUUUUGAAACAUGGAGCCUCCCUCCAAGCAGUCACAGAAUCUGGCCUGACGCCAAUCCACGUUGCUGCCUUCAUGGGACACGUCAACAUUGCUUCCCAGUUAAUUCAUCACGGAGCAUCGCCUAACACAACCAAUGUGAGAGGAGAAACUGCAUUGCAUAUGGCGGCAAGAGCCGGACAAUCGGAAGUUGUUCGGUACCUUCUACAGAAUGGAGCUCAGGUAGAAGCAAAAGCCAAGGAUGACCAAACUCCGCUACAUAUAUCUGCUCGGCUGGGGAAAGCCGAUAUAGUGCAGCAGUUGCUCAAACAGGGAGCUUCUCCUGAUUCGGCCACUACCUCGGGUUACACUCCGCUGCAUCUCUCUUGUAGAGAGGGAAAUGAUGACGUGGCUUCGGUUCUGUUGGAGCAUGGAGCCUCCUUUGGGAUUGUCACAAAGAAAGGAUUCACUCCGCUUCAUGUGGCUGCCAAAUACGGGAAGCUGGAAGUAGUGAAACUUCUCCUGCAGAAGAAUGCGUCCCCAGAUGCUGCCGGCAAGAGUGGUCUAACUCCACUGCAUGUAGCUGCACAUUACGAUAACCAGAAGGUGGCGCUGUUGCUGUUGGAUAAAGGAGCCUCUCCACACGGAGCAGCAAAGAACGGCUACACACCUCUGCACAUUGCCGCAAAGAAGAACCAGAUGGACAUCGCUACUACCUUGCUGGAAUAUGGAGCAGAUGCCAACGCCAUUACCAAGCAAGGAAUAGCGCCGGUACAUCUAGCGGCACAAGAAGGCAACGUAGAUAUGGUGUCCUUGCUCCUCACACGGAAUGCCAACGUCAAUGUCAGCAACAAGAGUGGACUCACUCCUCUUCAUCUGGCUGCACAAGAAGACAGAGUUGGUGUGGCGGAGGUUCUAGCCAAUCAGGGGGCUGUUAUUGACGGAACAACAAAGAUGGGCUAUACCCCCUUACAUGUGGCCAGUCACUAUGGAAACAUCAAAAUGGUAACCUUCCUGCUUCAGCAUGGAUCUAAAGUGAACGCCAAAACCAAGAAUGGAUACACACCUCUGCAUCAAGCAGCUCAGCAAGGCCAUACACAUAUCAUUAAUGUUUUGCUUCAACAUGGCGCCUCCCCUAAUGAGGUCACUGUGAAUGGCAACACAGCCCUAGCAAUUGCCCGCCGGCUCGGAUAUAUCUCCGUUGUUGAUACCCUGAAAGUUGUAACAGAGGAAACCUUAACUACAGUUCUGGUGACUGAAAAACAUAAAAUGAACGUUCCGGAAACGAUGAAUGAAGUUCUGGACAUGUCGGAUGAUGAAGUUCAUAGAGCCAAUGUCCCAGAAAUUGUGAGUGACGCAGAGUAUAUGUCAGAUGGUGACGAAGGAGAGGAUGCAAUGACGGGAGACACUGAUAAGUACUUGGGACCACAGGACUUGAAAGAACUUGGAGACGAUUCUUUGCCUCAAGAAGGAUACACAGGUUUCAGCAUCGGAGCCAGAUCUGCCAGUCUCCGCUCCUUCAGUUCGGAUAGGUCCUACACACUGAACCGGAGUUCCUUUGCUCGGGAUAGCAUGAUGAUUGAAGAACUUCUUGCACCUUCCAAAGAUCAACACCUUUCAUUAACCAGAGAAUUCGAUUCCGACUCUCUGCGCCACUACAGCUGGGCCACUGACACCCUGGACAAUGUCAAUCUUGUCUCCAGCCCUGUGCAUUCUGGUUUUCUCGUUAGCUUUAUGGUCGACGCUCGAGGAGGUUCCAUGAGAGGCAGUCGGCACAAUGGGAUGCGAAUUAUUAUUCCCCCACGGAAGUGCACUGCACCUACUCGUAUCACAUGCCGCCUAGUCAAGAGACACAAGCUGGCCACACCUCCACCAAUGGUAGAAGGAGAAGGCCUCGCCAGCAGGCUUGUAGAAGUGGGUCCGUCUGGUGCACAGUUUCUGGGACCGGUCAUAGUGGAGAUUCCACAUUUUGGAUCUAUGCGUAGUAAAGAGAGGGAACUGAUUGUGCUAAGGAGUGAAAAUGGAGAGACCUGGAAGGAGCACCAAUACGACUGCCGGGUUGAGGAGCUUACAGAGUUACUUAACGGCAUGGAUGAAGAACUGGACAGUGCAGAAGAACUGGAAAAAAAGAGAAUCUGCAGAGUGGUUACCAAGGAUUUCCCUCAGUAUUUUGCCGUUGUCUCUCGGAUAAAACAAGAAAGCAAUCAGAUUGGCCCUGAAGGUGGUACACUAAAAAGCACGACGGUACCACGGGUCCAGGCUGCCUUCCCAGAAGGAGCUUUAACAAAAAAAAUCCGGGUAGGACUCCAGGCCCAGCCAGCACCCGAUGAACUGGUCAAAAAGGUAAUUGGAAACAGAGCCACAUUCAGCCCGAUUGUCACAGUUGAACCCAGAAGAAGGAAAUUCCACAAGCCAAUAACUAUGACGAUUCCAAUACCACCGCCGUCGGGUGAAGGCGUCAGCAAUGGCUACAAAGGGGACACAACGCCAAGCUUAAGACUCUUGUGCAGUAUUACAGGAGGAACAUCUCCGGCUCAGUGGGAGGAUAUAACCGGUACAACACCCUUGACUUUUGUCAAUGACUGUGUUUCCUUUACUACCAAUGUUUCUGCCAGGUUUUGGCUCGGAGACUGCCACCAGAUCCCAGAGACUGUUAGUUUGGCAACACAGCUUUAUAGAGAAUUGAUUUGUGUUCCGUACAUGGCCAAGUUUGUGGUCUUUGCCAAAAUGAAUGACCCAGUGGAAGCUCGGCUACGCUGCUUCUGUAUGACAGAUGACAAAGUGGACAAGACACUGGAACAGCAGGAGAACUUUGAAGAGGUGGCCAGGAGUAAAGAUAUAGAGGUUCUAGAAGGCAAACCUAUUCAUGUUGACUGCUAUGGAAACCUAGCCCCACUUACUAAAGGAGGACAGCAGCUCAUAUUCAAUUUUUAUGCUUUUAAAGAAAACAGACUGCCCUUCUCUGUAAAGGUCAGAGACCCUAGUCAUGAGCCAUGUGGCCGCCUGUCAUUCUUAAAGGAGCCAAAGACUACUAAAGGCCUGCCACAGACUGCCGUCUGCAACUUAAACAUCACCCUGCCAACCCAGAAAAAGGAAACAGAGUCAGACCAAGAUGAUGAGAAUGAAAAAGCGGACCGACGGCAGAACUUUGUAUCUCUAGCCUUGCGUAAGCGAUACAGCUAUCUGACUGAACCUGGAAUGAAACCGCUUGAUCGGAGCCCAGGAUCCACAAGACCCAUUCCUACUACUUAUUCAUACAAGCCAAGCUUUCCAACAAGACCUUACCAGUCAUGGACGACUGCUCCAAUUACAGUGCCUGGACAAACCAAAUCAGGCUUUACCUCUCUAUCAAGCUCUUCCUCUAAUACGCCCUCAGCAUCCCCAUUAAAAUCAAUUUGGUCUGGUUCUUCUGCUUCUCCUAUAAAAUCCACAUUAGGAGCUUCUACUACUUCUUCUAUUAAAUCUGUUAGCGAUGUAGCAUCUCCAAUAAGAUCAUAUCGGACAAUUGCUUCACCUAUAAAAACCGUUGCGAUGCAGUCUCCCUACGCAAUUCAAGUUUCCACUGGCUCACCAAUCAGAGCUUCUACCAUAGCAGAGACUACGUCUUUCAAAGGGCUGCCUUCUUGCUCUCCUUUUGCCUCCAGAACUUCUCCAGUGACUACUGCUGGUUCCCUUUUAGAGAGAUCGUCCAUUACAAUGACACCUCCAGCAUCCCCUAAAUCAAAUAUAAAUAUGUAUUCUUCAAGCUUGCCCUUCAAAUCCAUCAUUACAUCUGCAGGGUCACUUUCAUCUUCUCCUUUAAAAUCAGUCUCUUCUGCUAAAGUGACUAUGGCAUCUUCUCUAUCUUCACCUUUAAAACUUGCCAAUGGGCCAAGUGAAGUUGGCUUAGUUAAUGGAUCUGCAUCACCAUUAAAAUAUCCACUAUGUUCAAAUUAUAUUAAUGGGUCAGCUGUCCAUUUUCAGGACAAGAUAGCUACAGGCACAAAAUCUGCAAGCUCUACUGUUAAUGCAACUAUAGAUGCAGUUGAGAAAAACUACUCUGUUUCUUCUACUACUCCACUGCCAUAUUCACCACUCAGGUCUUUUUCUUCAACAGCUUCUGCAUUUCAGUCAAUACAAAAUCCUGCCGCCAGCGCACUUUACACAUCAUUUAGGUCUACACUUGCCUCUACUACCUCAUCUGUAACUUCAUCAACAAUAACCGUGCCAGUUUAUUCUGUUAUAAAUGUUUUAUCAGAGCCAACCUUUAAAAAACUGACUGAGUCUGCUUCAUUUACAAAAUCAGCUGCUGCUCUUUUGUCUCCAUCCAAAAAUGUAUCCACUGAGAGCACUUCCCAGUGGGCUUCCACUCCUGCUAAAACGUCUUUGUUUUUAGCACCUAGUGCUCUUAAGUUAGCCACCAGCGCUUCAUUAUCCUCUAGUCAGGAGAUACUGAAAGAUGUUGCAGACAUGAAAGAAGAUUUGAUAAGGAUGACAGCAAUUUUACAGACUGACACUUCAGCGUUUAAUCCUGAAAUAACAAAAGAAGCUAGAAUUGAGGAUGAAGAGCCAUUUAAACUGGUCGAAAAAGUAAAAGAGGAUUUAGUGAAAGUUAGUGAAAUUUUAAAAAAAGAUGUGUUUCUCGAAAACAAGUUGUCUACAUGUCAUGCUGGACACUCACCGGAGGAUGAAUGGGUAGAAUUUAGUAAUGAGGAACUUGAAGAAGCAAGGCAGUUUGUAAACACACAUGCACCAGAUAAAGUAGAGAUAAAAACAAGAACCUUAUCAGAUAAAGACUAUAACCUGACAAAGGUCAUUGAUUAUUUAACCAAUGAUAUUGGAGGAAAUACAUUUUCAACCCUAAAAUACAAGUAUGAUGAUUGCAAAAAAGAAGGGGAAGAGAGACAAAAAAGGGUGUUGAAACCAGCAAUGACUUUACAGGAGCAUAAGCUUAAGAUGCCACCUUCCUCCAUGAGAUCCUCUGCUUCAGAAAAAGAGUUAUGUAAACUUUCCGACUCUCUAUUUGGGACUGAUAUGAACUUAGAAUCACCUGAUGACUUUUCACAACAUGAACAAGACAAAAGUCCUUUGUCUGAUAGUGGUUUUGAAACAAGAAGUGAAAAAACACCAUCAGCCCCACAGAGUGCAGAAAGUACUGGUCCUAAACCACUUUUUCAUGAUGUACCUAUCCCACCUGUCAUAACAGAAACAAGGACAGAAGUAGUUCACGUCAUAAGGAGCUAUGAACCUUCAACUGGAGACAUUGUAGAAUCUGAAAAAGGUGAAAUUCCACCCUUGAAACCUAAUGCAGCUUUAAUGGACUUGGAACAAAAUUCCCCUGGAUCAAUGAAAGUCAAAAGUAAAGCCUUCCAGAUAAAAGCAGGACUUGACGACGAUGACCACAAAGGUGUUUUGAGCAAAGGCAUGCGAGUUAAAGAGGAAACUCAUAUUACCACUACAACCAGAAUGGUGUAUCACACACCAACAGUAAUUGAAAAAAAAUCAGAAAGACUUGAGGAAACAAUGUCUGUCCAUGAUAUAAUGAAAGCUUUUCAGUCAGGUCGCGAUCCUUCGAAAGAGCUUGCAGGUCUGUUUGAACAUAAGUCUUCAGUAACAUCAGAUGUUCAAAAGUGCACUGAAACCUCACAACCAUAUUCUGAGAGGGACAGCAAAAUGAAACCAAAGCUGGAGCGCAUAAUAGAGGUGCAUAUUGAAAAAGGUAACCAAGCUGAGCCUACAGAAGUCAUAAUUAGGGAAACAAAAAAACACCCCGAAAAAGAAAUGUAUGCUUAUCAGAGGGACUUGAGUCAUGUAAAAUAUAACAUCAAUGAUGGCAUUACCGAAAGAAAUAUGUUUGCAUGUUCAGAUGAACAUGGACAGGUAGAGGAAGAGGAGCUUACAGCAGAAGAGUCUCUUCCAUCCUACUUGGAAUCUUCACGAGUAAAUACUCCAGUCUCUCAAGAAGAAGACAGUCGUCCUAGUUCAGCUCAACUUAUUUCUGACGAUUCCUAUAAAACACUCAAAUUACUGAGUCAGCACUCUGUAGAGUACCAUGAUGAUGAUCUGUCAGAACUUAGAGGGGAGUCUUAUAGAUUUGCGGAAAAGAUGCUCCUUUCUGAAAAAGUAGAUAUUUCACAUUCUGACACAGAGGAAUCAGCUGCAGACCAUGCUUUUCUCCUUGGCACAGACUUACAACGCCAAGAAAGACUUUCCAGCGAGAAACUGAUCACUACACCAAAAAAAGACAUUCUAUCAAAAAUAUACAAAGAUGUUUCUGAAAAUGGCAUAGGUAAAAUAUCUGGCGAUGAUGCUUUUGAUAAGGUUACAGUGUUGCACUAUGCAGGAGACCCUAAGAGUCCUAAACAUGCGAUGUGGAUGCGUUUUACUGAGGAUAGGUUAGACAGAGGUAGAGAAAAAUUAUUGUAUGAAGACAGGGUGGACAGGACUGUUAAAGAGGCUGAAGAAAAGUUAACAGAAGUGUCUCAAUUUUUUCGUGACAAAACAGAAAAGCUAAAUGAUGAACUGCAAUCUCCAGAGAAAAAGCCACACAAAAAGAGUAGUAAGGAAUUUUGCUCAGGUCAAAGUUCUACAAGCAGUAGCCCAGAAAAAACUUUGUGUACUGAUAUGAGAACUUCUAGUGAUGACUGGACUAAAGCUCAUCACUUUGGAUAUGAUGGAAAGUGUUUCACCAUAGCUGAUAAUAGAAAAGCAACAAGUUUACCUUGCAGUCCUGAAAAAAGAAUGUUUGAGCAGAGGGUAGAAGAUGCUAAAUUUGGCUCGCAGCAGCCAGGCUCCCAGUCCGGAUUCCAGCUAAAGCAGUCAAAGCUCAGUUCUAUUAAACUAAAAUUUGAACAAAGCAUUAAUUUAAAAAAUAAAGACAAUGCCCAGGAAGAUAAAAAACAAGAAUCCCCAUCUAAAAUACCUGUUAAAAAACUUCAGGACAGUCGGCUACCAUUUUUUCAGUUCCAUGCAAAAGAAAAACAACAAAAGACUGCAGAUGAAAUAAAUGGAGAUAUGGCCUUGUUAAAAGAGUCUAUUAAUGAAGAAUGUUUAAAAUUCAAGGAAAUGAUAAAAAAUACUAAUGUUUUUGUAGAUCCCAAAAUAGAUAAAUCAAUUGUAGGGAAAAGGGACCAAUUUUCAGAGCAGCAAGUAAACAUAUCACCUAGUAAUAAAGACUCUGCAGGAUCCUCCAUGACCUUGGACAAAAAGCUUUAUAGAACAUGGGAGGCACCUGGUAUAGUUAAUAUUAAAACAACAAAGGAAAACCUUACACACGUAUUUGUUCAGAAUAAGGAAGAUGAAAAUAUUGGCUCCCAUGCUACAAUCUUGGAACUCAAUAAAGAGCAAUCCAUCCCAAAACAUGGAUCUAAUUCAAGAGAAACCAACUAUGUUAAAUCUCCAUCCAAGAAAGUUUUAUACACAGACCUUGGUCGCAAGGACAGAGCAUUGACCAGCGAUGAAAAAAGUGGACAGAAAAAGGAAGGAGGCUGCAUAUCCCAUAUCCCUGUCCGAGUAACUGAAGAGAAAAAGUUAUCUCACGGUUCAGAUGCUGAUACUAGCUUGGCAAAAGUUGAAACUCAGUUGACAAAAACACCUACUUCACCACUGAUUAGACAGAAUAAACCUGAAACCCUGCAUUGUGCUUUUGUGACUGAUGAAAGCAAUAGGCGUUCUGGUAUUAAUUUGUAUAAGACCCAAGAACAUCUAGGAUUAUUUCCUUCUAAUGAAGACCCAGAGAUAUCCCCUGUAAAGUCCCCAGACUCUUUAGAAUUCAGUCCUGUAAAAGAGAGUGCUACUACAUUAAAUAAUCAAAUCAAAGUUGAUGACUUAAACAGGAAAAUUUCAGUGGCAGGUACCGAGGUCUUGAAAGAGAUAAAAAUGUUACCUGUUUAUGUUAGUAUCGUGCAAGUAGGUAAGCAGGUUGAAAAAGAAGUUCAGCAGGGGAGUGUUAAAAAGGUUGUUAGUCAAGAGAGUAGAACAGUACAAGAAACAAGAGGUACACUUUUUACAAUUAAGCCACAAAAACAACCACCUUCUCCACAAGGAAGUCCAGAAGAUGAUACCUUGGAACAAGUUUCAUUUAUAGAUAGUUCAGGAAAGAGUCCCAUGACUCCAGAAACCCCUAGUUCAGAGGAAGUUAGCUAUGAGUUUAACUCUAAAACCCCUGACUCGUUAAUGCCAUAUAUACCAGGAAAGCCAAGUCCAAUACCUGAGGUAUCUGAGGAGUCAGAAGAGGAAGAAUUAACAAAAUUACCUUCUGUUAAGCAUAUUAUUCCAGAGUCCCCCACUACUGACAUCCCCCAUCCUAUUAAUAUUAGCAAGGAUGCAAACAAAAGAGUGAAGGACAACAGAGUUGCUUAUAUUGAGUUUCCACCUCCACCACCUUUAGACAGUGAACAUAGCGACUCUAGUAAAAAGAAUGACCAUUCCACCGAUAGUGAAAUGGAGAUGACUGAAGUAAAUUUGCAAGAUGACCAUGAUAAAUAUUUGUCCGAAGAGCCUGUGAUACGAGUGCAGCCUCCCUCUCCUGUUCCCCUUGAGUUCGAAGCCAGCGAUUCAAGUGAUGAUGAAUCAGUUUUCCAACCUGUUGCUGUUAAAAAGUACACUUUCAAAAUAAAAGAUGAAGAGAUUAAAGAAUGUGUUAAAAUAAAUACCUCAGGAAAAUCUUCAUCAAAACAAUCACAGGACCUGGAAGUAGGUUUGAAUUCACCAUCAAAUGAUGUUGAACAAAAUGGUAAUGAUCAGUCUGUUACAGAAUGUUCCUUAGCAACCACUGCAGAAUUCUCACACGACACUGACGCAACAGAAAUCGAUUCUCUUGAUGGCUAUGAGCUGCAGGAUGAAGAUGAUGGUUUAACUGAAAGUGAUUCUAAGUUUAUGCAGAUUCAAGACUGUGACACAAAAAAAGAUCCCUGGACCAAAGAAGGCUGUGUUCUGAAACACAGUGAUCGUAGCUUUAGUCAAAGUAAACUUGAAGUUAUUGAAGAGGAGAAAAUAGUAACAGAGGAGUAUAAGCCAUGUAGAAAAAUUUCUGACUGUGAAAUCAAGACAAACGAACAAGGAGAUAAAAAGCCAGGAGUUCAGCUAUAUACUUUGGAAGGAAGGCACCCAGACAGAAAUGUAUUUCCCGACACAUAUUUUAGCUAUAAGGUGGAUGAAGAAUUUGCAACACCUUUUAAAACGGUGGCUACAAAAAGUCUAGACUUUGAUCCUUGGUCCAGCAAAGCUGGAGACGACGAUGUGUUUGAAACAAAAUCCAAGGACGAAGAUCCUAAGCCUUUAAGUCUGGCAGUAGAAGAUCAGUCUCAAGCAACUACUCCAGACACCACUCCUGCCAGAACCCCUACUGAUGAAAGUACACCAACUAGUGAGCCCAACCCCUUCCCGUUUCACGAAGGGAAGAUGUUUGAGAUGACUCGCAGUGGUGCUAUUGACAUGAGCAAGAGGGAUUUUGUUGAAGAAAGACUCCAUUUUUUUCAGAUUGGUGAGCAUAAUUCUGAAGGGAAGUCAGGGGACAAGGGGGAAGGGGACAAAAUUACUGCCAUCACACUUCCACAGUCAGGGGAUAUCUUGGUAGAACCCAUCAUAGAGAAACAAGUAGAAACAUCUGCAGUUGAACAAACCUCUGUCAUCCAGUCCAGUGGCGAAUGCUUUGAUGGGACAAAUGGUAAUAAUUCAUUGGAAAAGUCAUCAGCAGCUACCACUUCUAAAGUUGAUCCUAAAUUGAGAACACCUAUAAAGAUGGGCAUUUCUGCCUCAACAAUGUCUACGAAGAAAGAUGGCACUGGAGAAGUGGCAGUCAAAGUAGAGGCUGUAUCAGAUUUAGAUAAAGAUAACAACAUUUCAUUGACAAAAGUGUCUAACAGCCAGAUAGAAAUACACGAUUUCCAGGCAGAAAAUUGUAACAACAAUAACAAUUUGGAUUUUUCUGCCGUAAAUAUAAAUAAUAAUAAUACCAUUAAUCUGGUUCUUAGUAAGGAGGUUGAUACCAAGCACGAAAUGAAAGGGAACAAAAUAAGAUUGACUGUAGGGAAAGAGGUGGGAUCAUCUAAUCAUCAUGGUGAUAGGGAUAAGAAAAAAAUACAAAUAGGAGAACAAAAAACAUCCGAUUUAUUCAUGAAUAGGCCAAGAUCUAAAUUGCCUGUUAAGGCAGUUUCAGUAAGGCCCAUCUCCAACCAGGUUAGUCAUACAAACACUAUAUCUGGCAGGAAGAAAUUAUCUAGUAAAGUUGAAAAAUGCACGAAGCAGGAAUUUAUAUCCAAUGCAGAUAUUAAAUCUAAAAUCCCAGUAAAAAAUUUGAAUAGAGUGAAUCCUCCAGUGCAGAAAUAUGUGACACCAAAGCAGAAGCAGGAAAAGUUAGAGAAGCAGGCACCUAAACAGGCUCCCUCAAAAUUACCAGUCAAGGUAAGAUCUGCACCCAAUGCCACUUCAACAGCCAAAGUAAAGAAAUAUGAGUUCAGUGAGGUCUGUAAACAUUCUAUUGAAUAUUUUAAGGGAAUUAGUGGUGAGACAUUAAAGCUUGUGGACCGUCUUUCUGAGGAAGAGAAAAAUGCACAUCCUGAGGGUUCUGAUGAAGAAGACAGCACAUCAAGAAACACAUCUCUCUCUGAAGCCACCCAGGUGUCCCAGCCUUCAGUUACAUCGAGGUCUGCUAAAGAAAUGAAAGCAGACGCGGCAACUUUAAAAUCAAAGAUUGAAAAGACCGACAGGGAGAGAAGGAACAUUAGAAGGACUGGUCCGCAGAGUCCAUGCGAGCGCACAGACAUUCGAAUGGCCAUAGUUGCUGACCAUUUGGGACUUAGCUGGACUGAACUUGCGAGAGAGCUGAAUUUUUCCGUGGAUGAAAUUAAUCAAAUCCGCGUUGAGAACCCUAAUUCACUAACGGCACAAAGCUUUAUGUUGCUGAAGAAAUGGGUUGGAAGAGAUGGGAAAAAUGCAACUACUGAUGCCUUAACUAAUGUCCUGACAAAGAUCAAUCGUAUAGAUAUUGUCACGUUGCUGGAAGGACCCAUAUUUGACUACGGAAACAUUAGCGGCACCAGAAGUUUUGCUGAUGACAAUAUUUUCCUUGACUCCCCCGUUGAUGGUUGGCCCAGUGAGGCAUCAAGCAUGCUUGUGGAGCCACCAACGCCGGACCGCAAAUUGAAUAAUGAACUCAUGGAAAGACUAGACGACAGCCAUGAGACAAUUACUUCUUAUCUUAAGGGAGAAGUUGGAAGGUUAGAAUCAAACGUUAGCCCAUCUGAGUCUAUAACGGAGGGCAAGACAAGAUCCACUGCUCCAGAAACUGACAAUAAAAAGACAAAUGAGAAGCAGUGUGCGAAACCAAAAACACUCCAAGGGAAGGGGGAACAAACCUCACCGUCGGUCCAUCAAAAAUCACAGGAAGUGACAAGCAAGACAGUAAUAGGGGAGCAUAAAAGCUCUUUACCUAUUAGCGCAAAAAGGAUGUCUGGUCACACGGAAGAAGGAUCAUCUUCAGACCCAAAGUCUUCUGGUAAAACUUGCCUAAAAUGCAUUUAUCAGGCUUCUAGUGACAGUGAAUAUGAGAGUGUUUCAAGUUCAGAUGAGGCAGAGAGAAUCACCACGAAGGUUACGAGACGGCGGUUGAUAUUAAAGGGGCAACAAGCAAAAAACACUCCGGGUGAAUCUGUUACAGAAGAACACUAUACAGAUGAAGAAGGCAACAUCAUCACAAGAAAAGUAACCCGGAAAGUUGUGAGACGUAUUGUGGUUCCACAUGAGAAAAAAUCAAGUGGAAAGGGAACUGUUGGGUCUGAAGCCUACAAAGUGAAGACAAAGAAGGAAGUACGGAAUAUUGAGAAGAAAGGCUACUCAUAAAGGCAUAGUUUGAAGAGGACAGUGUUUGGUAACUGCCAAUAUUCAGGAGUCUUUCGGAGGAAAAGAAACUAGCAAAGUCACUGGAAAAAAACCCAAAACAAACAAACAACAAAAAAAAAAAAAAGAUGUGUGUUUUGCUGCUUCCUCACAUUAAUCGCAUGGGUUUUUUUUAACACAAAAAAACCUUUUAAUUUAGCAUGAGCCAAUAAUCCAGAGCAUGGGAGAUAUACGUCUGGGAUUGAGGAGUGUGCCGUUUACAAUGCAGUGUAUAUAAAGGACACAAUGCUGGAAGUGACAGUUCUUCAAGGAAGAGAGAAUUCCUGCGGUACGAAGAGCUGACAAAAAUAUUGGCCGGACUUCUGGGAGACACAAUAAUCACUAAAUAAGCAACAGUUUCGCCUUAUUUUUUUCUUGAACCCUGAUUCUUAGGGUCUAAAAAGCUGUCGAUUUCUUUUUUUUUUUUUUUUUAAAUCAUCAAUGAAUUUGCUGUAAAUAAGUGACACUUGUAUAAAAUUCUAACAAAACUAGAAUUCAUGUUAAUAAUACACAUGCUUAGUAAAUAUUUACUGAUAGGACACGACACACAUUCACAGACGCAGAUAGGUGUCUGUAAGGAUUUCACCUACGGGGGUGGGGUGUUCACAGAUUCUUGUACAUUAUCAAUUCAGACGUUUGUAUAUGAAAAAACAAAAAAAAAACAAGCCGGGCGGCUUUUACACAAAUUCCUUGAAAUCUGCUGCAAAACAGGAAAAAUAAUUCACAAAAAUAUACGAUUCUGUCGUUUAGUAACUGGGUCGUUUUCUGCAGAUCUGUAAUAUGUAAUAUGUAUCUCACCUUAUUUUAAUCCAAACUUUUUUCAACUUUGCAAAAGCUACACUAAAAUUUAAAGAAAAACCAUAAUCUAUUUUAGCUAUCCGCACAGAGCCCUUUAACGAAAUAUUGUCACUGUUGCCAACUUUUCACUGAACAUAGAGGAAAAAAAGCCUUCGGGUGGGGGGUGGGCAAAAAGGAACUUUAAAGUACGACGGUGUGUAGACUUUUAGACGCUUUGAUCGUACUGGGCUUCUUCAGGUGAUGGAACAGGUCUUCUUCAGGGGAUGGAACGGGGCUUCUUCAGGGGUUGGAACGGGGCUUCUUCAGGGGUUGGAAUGGGGCUUCUUCAGGAGAUGGAACGGGGCUUCUUCAGGGGUUGGUACAGGGCUUCUUCAGCAGAUGGAACGGGGCUUCUUCAGGAGAUGGAAUGGGGCUUCUUCAGGAGAUGGAACGGGGCUUAUUCAGAGGCUGGAACGGGGCUUCUUUGGGGGUUGGUACAGGGCUUCUUCAGGAGAUAGAACAGGGCUUCUUCAGGGGAUGGGCUAACCGCUAAGCAGCUUUGGAUGUGGCUUGGCCCCAUCGCUCCGACCUGUCUGGGACAGUAUCGUAUGGACUGAAAAGAAACGAGUAGGUAUUAGGCAAGAGAGCACGCUGUAAAGUUCUUUACUGUAUUGUGUACUGACUAUCAGAUGUAGAGUCUUUUCAGUAAGCCGAUCACCUGUAAUCAUUCUAGCGGUGUCAUUAGCUUGUUAAUGCUGCUGUGGUUUUUUUUUUUCAAAGGGCAUUUUUCUUUCUUUCUUUUUUUUUGGGUUUUGGUGAAAUCUUUUCAUUUGUUGAUUAUAUUCAUAUGAGAACAGCAUACAUUGAUACUAGCUCUAAUAACAUACUGUAUGGAAAUCAACAAACACUGGAUGAUCUAGUUGAUUAAACAUAAAAAAAAAAAUAAAUUGUGUUUAAAA